CGUACUUCCGGGUGAUGACGCAGUUGUCCACUACUUGUUUACUCUGUAGGUUUGCGCAGCUCGUAGCGCGGGAACUCUCGGCAGACAGAGUGGUUGGUAUGAAAAAGGUUCUGAAAACACAUUAACAGUCGGUUAUGGAUCCUUCAGAAGUUGAAUUUCUUGCCGAGAAAGAGUUUGUGAAGAUAAUACCAAAUUUCAGCCUGGACAAGAUCUAUUUAAUCCGGGGCGAUUUGGGACCAUUCAACCCCGGACUUCCUGUUGAUGUCCCCGUGUGGUUGGCCCUAAACCUAAAACAGAGACAAAAAUGUAGGAUUCUUCCCUUUGAGUGGAUGGAUGUCGAGAAACUGGAGGAGAUACGAGAGCUUGAGAGAAAAGAAGAUGCCUUUACUCCUGCUCCCAGUCCGUACUACAUGGAGCUGACCAAACUGUUGCUGAACCACGCGUCAGACAACAUUCCCAAAGCGGAUGAGAUCCGGACGCUGGUCAAAGACAUCUGGGACACCCGAAUCGCUAAACUGCGCCUGUCUGCUGACAGUUUCAUCAGGCAGCAGGAGGCUCAUGCUCAGCUGGACAACAUGACACUGAUGGAGAUCAACACCAUUCGAGCGUUCCUCCUCGACUCUCUCAACUGCAUGUACAAGCUGCGCUCCAACCUGCAGGCUGGUUCCACUAAGGGCCAGUUUGUUUGAUCCGAAACAACGGGGCCUUUUGGAUGUUGUCUGAAGAUUUUUAGAAGACUGGACUUCAGCCGUUGAACUAUAAUUUGUUUCUACUAACGAGGCGCUGCAUUUCUUGAAGUUUGAGCAGCAUUUUAAGGAAUCACACUUCUUUUGUGUGGAAGAUUUGGAUUCAUAUAAAGCAUGUGGAUCAGCUGUUAGUGAUGAAUAGUGUUAAUUUAAAUGUGUCAUGGUUGCUAAAUGUUUGUUUUUAAUGUGUGACAAAAUAAAUGUACUUUUGUGCAUGUUGA